AUGCUCGCCGCCGCCUCGGACGCGACGGCGCUCUCGUCGGGGGGCGGAGCGGGCGAGGAGUUUGGUCACAUCGCGCACGAAGCCGGCGAGCUCGCUAAUAACCUGCCGGGCGGAGAGCAGGGGGCGCUGCGCGUGCGCGCGGUGGCGGAGCGCGCGCGAAGGUCCGCGGAGGAUUACUGCAACCUGCUCUCCGACCUCUUUGACGGCAGAGCCGCGGCGCUGGGGCGGUCGCUGGGCAUCGACGGACACACCGUGGAGGUCUUCACCGAGGGUCAGAUUCGCGCCUCCGUCGUGUUCCAGUCUGCGAAGCUCGCGUCGCACCUGCUCCGCGCGGCUAGGACCGCCACGGGCGAGGCUGGCUGGGAUUGCCUCGUCGCCGGCGAGGUUGUCGGCGCGAAACUCGUGUCGGUUCCCCGGUUGGAUCCCUCGGACCCGACCAUCCGGGCGCUCACCGCCGACGCCCCCGCGGUGCUCCUCGUGCAGUCGGCGGAUGGCGACGAGGAGGUGUCCACGUGCGGACCGGGCGUGGCGGGUAUCCUGCUGUGCCACGCGCUGCCCCACCUCUCGCACCUCGCGUUGCGGGCGCGCCAAGCUGGCGUGCCCCUCGUCGCAAUCGAGGAUCCAAAUCUCGUCAACCACGCGAGUUCGCUGACGUCGGCGCCCGGCGUUAGGUUCGUCGCCCAGCCCUCCAACAUCUCCCUGGACGCGGCCGAGGGCGGGUACUCACCGGGUACUCAGGGCGGCGGCGGUGGUACGUCAACCCCCACCCCGCAGAGGCAGGCUGCCGCGCUCGUCGCCGAUACCAGCCGCGCGGGUUGGGUCACCCCGCUGCACGAGCUCGGCCAGAUGCCGUGGCACGCGGGUGUCGCCGUGGCGGGUUCCAAGGCGAUGGCGUGCUCCGUCCUCUCGGCGUUGGCCACCGAUCCAAACUCCGGGUUUGCGGCCCCCACCGGCGCCGUCCUGCCCUUCGGUUCGAUGGAGCAGGCGGCGCACGCGUUGGGUCACGCCGAGCGACUCAACUUUCUGGUUGACGCGCUCGAGUCGGUGCAGACGCGACCGGAGGAGGUUGCGUCGGUGUGCGGCGAGCUGCGGGACCUGGUCAGGCAGCUCCGGCCAUCGCACGAGCAACUCGCGGCGCUCGCGGAUCCCUUCGCACACGACCACGGGGCGAAGGUGAUGGUUCGAUCCACCGGUAACGCGGAGGAUCUCGCCGGCUUAUCCGCCGCGGGUCUCUACGACUCCAUAUCCAACGUGGCUCCCGGAAACCCCGAAGUGCUCGGCUCGGCGGUGGCGGAGGUGUGGGCGUCGCUGUACACCCCCCGCGCGGUGGCUUCGCGCGCGGCCGCGGGAGUGGGCCAGCGCGGCGCGCACAUGGCGGUUCUCGUGCAGCAGAUGCUGGUCCCCGACGUGUCCUUCAUCCUGAUGACCAGGCACCCGAUGACCAACGACCCAAACACCGCGUACGCCGAGCUCGCGUUGGGUCACGGCGAAACUUUGGCGUCGGGGUCGGUGCGAGGCACGCCGUGGCGCAUGUCCAUGAACCGAUCGAACCCGGGAGAGUCGCAGGUGCACACGUACUCGUCGUUCGGCACCGCGCUGGUGCCCGACCUGGACGGCGACGGGACGCUCAAGAGCGUGGCGGUGAACUGCGCGGGGCACUGGCUGUCCACGGAUGACGGCGCGAGGGGUCAGCUCGCGGCGAGGCUGGUUCACGCGGGCGGGUUCGUGGAGAGCACCCUCGGUAGCGUGGACGGCGGACAACUCCUCGCGCAGGAUAUCGAGGGGUGCCUCACGCCGGACGGUCAGCUGUGGGUUGUCCAGGCGCGCCCCCAGCCGUGA